CAUUAUAGUUAUAUAUUAAUCCUGUAUUGUUAUUUUUAACUUUCAAAAUAUUACAAUAGUAACUCAGAUCCUAGCACUCAGACCUUAACACUCAGAUCUAUUUAUCCCAUAAUCCCUACUAGAUCUUGAUAAACCUAAUGAUUUAAUUUAAUUUAUUCAGGAUUUUAUCAAUUACAAAUUUCUCAAUAUUUUUAAGAAUGGCUACUAUUCUUGAUGUCAACGUUAACUCGGAUCUCUGUCCACAGGAUUCAAUUGACACCUUUUACUCAGAUACCAAGAACGUUGAAUCUUCUGAAUCAGACUACGAAAGUGUAGAGUCUGAUGAUUCUAUUUGUAUCUCCAAUGAUUCCGAUUACAAUUGUGACAGGUCACAAACUGAUCAACAGAAAGUAACUAUCGCUCCCGUUAUUAAUACCAACUUCACUACCGAAGAAAAGGAAUUAAGAGGUCAUCUUAACUCUCUUUAUCUACAGCUGCUUAAGAAGCAUUAUGAUAAACCGUUUCUACCUGAUGGUUCUAGUUUUCACCCUGUUAAUGAUCCCAUCUACGGCGUUCAAAAUACCUCAAUUAGCGGCAAUUUAUUAUAUUUAUAUGAUUGCAUUAUUAGAAAAAGAGUCGAACUUAUCAUAGAUACCGGAAAAAGAAGAGCUUUGAGUUUUGAAGACAAACUGUUAUUAACACAUGAGAUUAAAAAGGCUCCUGAGCAUCUAAUUUCCCAGGACGAAAAGGAUUUGUUAAUCAAGCUCAUCAAUAAUCGAAUGGACUCAACCCAAAUUGAGAAAUCAUCUGCCGUCUUAAAAAAAUAUAUUUAUCAUUUUAUCGUUCACUACUUAAACGAAAAAUUGGUGGCUUUUUCAGAAGAUAAUGAUGGUCUUAAGGAUUGUAAUGAGUUUGAGUUUUUCGAUAGAUUAAUAACUAAACAAGAACAUUUGGAGAUACAGAAAAAAAUAAAUCAAUUGGCCUUGAUAAACAUGGAGAAGAAUCUUCGAACUUAUGAGAGUGAUACGUUUAGAAAACAUUUCAGCGACUUUAAACAUGCUGACCUUCACGAACAUGUCAAAAAUAGGCUGAAUGAAAUGUACUCAGUUGACUUGGAGCAAGAAACUAAUACCGAUGGUCAAUCUAUGCACAAUCGUAUUACGUCUAAAAUUCCAACUUAUAAAAAGCCACAAAUUGAUACUCACUCGGUGAUAAACACUUCUGUUACUCCCAUUGACUACAGUCCCGAGGAACAAGAAUUAAGAGCUAAACUAGACUCUGUGUAUCACCUAGUGUUUAAGAAGUUUUACGAUAAAGGAUUAAUAAAAAACCCCUCCCAUUUCCCGCCUAAUUUUGAUGAUCCUUUGUGUGAUAUUCGAGGUUUAUUUGUUUCAGAGUUAAUACUAAAAGGUUCCGAAGAAUAUAUUGAAUGUAGCGUAGUUUGUGUAUUGUAUAACAUAGCCAAAAACCUUUUAAACGCCGAGGAUAAGAAAAGAUAUGUAGACGAGCUUAAAAAUACUCCCGAGCAUCUAAUUGACCAGGAGGAGAAGGAUUUAAUAAUAAAGAAUUAUGCUGAAUGCCUUUUAAAAUCCGAACCACAGCUUUAUAGAGCGGAAAUUGAGAAGUUGUUACUUAAAAUUAAGGCUCAUAUUGACGAUAUAACAAUUAACUAUUUAAGUGAACGCAUUUUGGGCUUUUCAAGAGACUUUAACCUUAAAAAUGGGAAAGAGUUUGAGUUUUUCAAUAAUUUAAUCACUCAAAAAGAAAAUUUCAAUGUCGAGGAUAAAAUAUACUAUACGAUUUUAGAAAUUAUGGAGAAGAAAGUACUAGGAUCCGAUGAAGAUAUUAAAAUAUUGCGGUAAAAAUUUCAAAUACUAAAGUAUUCCAAUAACUAUUCCAAAGCUAUGUGUAAUCUCAGACACGAACU